CGUCCCCAAGAUGGCGGGAGUAUUUGUGCUGUUUGCCGUGUUGCUGUUGUGUUUGUGUGCAGACGUCAGGGCAGCUGUGUCGACUUCCCCGCCUAAUAUCAUCAUCAUGCUCAUGGACGACAUGGGUUGGGGUGACCUUGGGAUCCUGGGCCAGCCGGAGAAGGAGACGCCGCAGCUGGACAAGAUGGCGGCAGAAGGGAUGCUGCUGACGGACUUCUACACGGCAAACCCGCUCUGCUCGCCGUCCCGAGCAGCUCUGAUGACAGGAAGACUGCCCAUCAGGAACGGGUUUUACACCACCAAUGACCAUGCCAGGAACGGCUACACCCCCCAGGAGAUUGUAGGAGGAAUUGCUGACUCUGAGGUCCUGAUUUCCGAGCUGCUGGCACAGGCAGGCUACAGGAAUAAAAUCAUCGGAAAAUGGCACCUUGGCCACCGCCCGCAGUACCUGCCCCUCAGGCACGGCUUCCACGAGUGGUUCGGGGCUCCAAACUGUCACUUCGGUCCCUAUAACAACAAGGACACACCCAACAUACCUGUCUACAAUGGGUCACACAUGGUGGGGAGGUAUUACGAAGACUUUGAGAUCAGCCGGUCGAGCGGGGAGUCGAACCUGACGCAGCUGUACGUGCGGUCGGCGCUGGACUUCAUCGACCGCCAGGCCGCGGCGGGACGGCCGUUCUUCCUGUACUGGGCUCCCGACGCCACGCACGGGCCGCUGUACGCGUCUCGGGGAUUCCUGGGCUCCAGCCGCAGGGGCCUCUACGGGGAUGCAGUGAGAGAGCUGGAUGACGGUGUUGGGCGGAUCCUGGGGAGGCUACGGGAGCGCGGACUGGACACGAACACGCUGGUGUUCUUCACCUCCGACAAUGGGGCAGCCAUGGUGUCCAGAACUCAAGGUGGAAGUAACGGCCCGUUUCUGUGUGGGAAACAGACGACGUUUGAGGGAGGAAUGCGGGAGCCGGCCGUCGCCUGGUGGCCCUCCAGGAUUCAGCCGGGGCAGAUCAGCCACCAGCUGGGCACAGUGAUGGACCUGUUCACCACAGCCGCGGAGUUGGCAGGGGCUGUCCCCCCCUCCGACAGGCUGUAUGAUGGAAUCUCCCUCCUCCCCACCCUCCUGAAUGGCACAGAGGUCAACAGGCCGGUGUUCUAUUACCGUGGCAACGAGCUGAUGGCGGUGAGGUACGGUCUGUACAAGGCUCACUUCUGGACAUGGACCAACGGGGAGGACGAGCGCUCCAAGGGAAUCGACUUCUGCCGCGGGGAGGACGUUCCCGGGGUCACGACGGUGCAGCAGGUCAACCACACGGACAGCCCUCUGCUGUUCCACCUGGGGCGCGACCCUGGCGAGAGGUACAGCAUCAAACCCAAGUCCUCGGAGUACAAGCAGACGAUGCAGAAACUGAAAGAGCUGGUGGCCGUUCAUCGAGCAGGGCUGGUGCCGGGAGAACCUCAGUUCAACAUAUGUGACUCUGCUGUUAUGAACUGGGCACCACCAGGAUGUGAGAAGCUGGGCAGGUGCUUGAAGGGACCGGAAUCAAAGCCUUACAAAUGCCCCUGGACUCACUGAUACAAUUGAUUGGUGAAGACAUUAUGUAAUUAUCUUUGUUACACCUGAUGCAUAUUCUGUCAAGAAAUGUAUUUUUAAAUACAUAAUAUUUUACAUGCUCUGUGCAAUACAAAUGUACAUGUACCUACAAAAGUAAAUGCAAUAAGAAUGUGUUAGUUGUUAUGUACACGUAUGCUGUCCUGUCAGCAGGUCCUACCAUGCACCCCAGCAGGCUGGAGCAGGUGGAUGGUGGGUACAUUACUGAUCAGUUCUGUAGGACUGACUGUAACAGCAAAGCCACACUUUCACACUAGUACUGGUGUCAGUUCUGUAGUUGUGAACUUGUGCUUGACUCAGUGGAGUGUGAUGUUUUAUUAACUUUCUCAAGCAAGGAGCUGAACAUAUGAAGGGAGUUUGCAGCCUGAAGUGAACAUGUGAACAUUUCAGUUCUGUCUGAGGCACCCAGCAGGAAAUUAGACUUUAAAAUUUUUUGAAAAACUGUCUGAGCUAUAGAUUUGACAUUAACUAUUACAUCAGUGGAAUAAAAUCAAAAUUGAUCUUGA